AUUCUCCCUUACAGAAACAGGAAGGUGGUCGAUUAUUCACAGUUUCAGGAAUCUGAUGAUGCAGAUGAAGAUUAUGGAAGAGAUUCAGCCCCUCCAGCUAAGAAAAUUAGAUCAUCACCCCGAGAGGCUAAAAACAAGAGGAGGUCUGGAAAAAAUUCACAGGAAGAUAGUGAGGACUCUGAAGAAAAAGAUGUGAAGACCAAGAAGGACGAUUCACACUCACCAGAGGAUAGUGAAGAUGAAAAAGAAGAUCACAAAAAUGUUCGCCAGCAGCGUCAGGCAGCAUCCAAAGCAGCUUCUAAGCAGAGAGAAAUGCUCAUGGAAGAUGUGGGCAGUGAAGAAGAACAAGAAGAGGAAGAAGAGACACCAUUCCAGGAGAAAGAUUCUGGCAGCGAUGAAGACUUUCUAAUGGAAGAUGAUGAUGAUAGUGAUUAUGGAAGUUCAAAAAAGAAAAACAAAAAGAUUGUGAAGAAGUCUAAGCCUGAAAGGAAAGAAAAGAAAAUGCCCAAACCCAGGCUAAAGGCUACAGUGACACCAAGUCCAGUGAAAGGCAAAGGAAAAGUGGGGCGUCCCACAGCAUCAAAGGCAUCAAAGGAAAAGACUCCUUCUCCCAAAGAAGAGGAUGAGGAACCAGAAAGUCCCCCAGAAAAGAAAAAGUCUGCUAGCCCUCCACCAGAAAAGUCUGGGGAUGAAGGGUCUGAAGAUGAGGCCCAGUCUGGGGAAGAUUAAAGUGAUGGUUUGGGGAGAUUUUAUUUAAAAAAAAAAAAAGAGGAAAAAAAAGAAAUUCUACUUAGGGGUAGAACAUGGUUUUGGCUAUGGCUUGACUCAUGGGCUUUGAAUGCUUUCCCUCCCCUUCAUUUCCUCCCUCCCAACCCUCCCACUAUUGAGAGAUAACUGUAUCCCUACCACACCUCCUUUUUUUUUAAAAAACAGGAAAUUAUGGUCAUGUUUUUUAAAUUACCUUUGUCUAUUGGCUACUUUCCCUCUCCCAAUCUCCAGUGAAAGCCAUGACAAAAUACCCAAUGAAUUUACCCCCUAAAAUUAAAAAGAAAAGAAAGGGUUACUACAGGUGAAGCAAUAAGAUUUGAGGCAAACCCUGUUGGAAUUUUAACUUUGCUAAAAGUUAUCAAGGUGAACAGGAAUCCAGAAGACAAUGAGGAUUCCAAGUAAAAAUGGUUGUUCCUUAUUUACCUGAAUUUUUUAAAGAUCACUGUAAGCAAAGACAAAAAUGUGUGUAUUUUAAUUUUUUUUUUUAAUCAUGACUCUAAACUUCCAUUGACUAGGCAGAAAGAUGAUAAAUGUGAAUACAACCUUAAGUUUCCUAUAUUUCUAACCCCAUUUGGGAACAACCAGGCCACAUGACUUUUUGGUGUGGGUUUUUUUGUUGUUGUAAAUUGUUUUGUUUUGUUAUAUUUCACUCCUGGUCAUCUCAAGGAGAAUAGGAACAAGUAGUGAUCCUUUUCUCCUGCUAAAGUCUUUAGGGAGUUAAAGUGAUGCUCAACCUAAAAAUCAGGUGAGCAGUGCAUCAAAAUCUAAGUGACUUUGUUUCAGAUCUGAAUAUCCAUGGUUCAUGUUUUUAAAAUAAAUAUGUAUCUAUUCUCUUUCUUGGAAUAAAUUUUACCAAGGAUUAAGAGGAAUUUAGAUUUUAACAGCAAGAUUGCUAUACCACAUCAAAGUGGGUUUCUUCUCAAACUGACAAUGUUUAGGUUUUAAGCCAAUAAAGAACCAGUUAAUGUGAAACUAAA